UACUUUUUAUAUAGACCGAUCAGAGUGCGAUAGUGGAUCAAUAACUAGCGGUAGUCCUUGAAGCAAGAAAGAACUGCAGCAGCGAUUGAUGAUCAACGCGUAAGAAAAUCGACCGUGUUCCAUCUAGCUGUUCCAUCUACCGGAACGAUGGAUUCUGGCGAAGAAUUUUAUGACCACCACAUCGAAGUGAAGGACGAAGUAACGAUAAGUGCAUCCGAGGAGGAAGUGGAGGACGAUGAAGUUGAAGUGAUAACCGGAUCAAAGUGGGCUAGAAUGUUUGCCAUGAUGUCGGCUCUGACGAGGCAGGUUGCUGAUAUCGAUAGACGGCUUAAAAAGAUCGAAGAACAACAGCACCAAAGUUUGUCCAACAUUCAACAAAAGGUAACAACGAUUGGCACAAAGAUUGCUGCGUUUGGUAACAUAUCGAGUUCGGAGAGCAGUCUCCUUCCGCAACCGAUAACGGCAUUCUUUUCGCCGGCCAAAUGCAAAGAGGACUUGGAUGAGCUCGAGGCGAAUGCUUCGGAUGAGCAUUUCGUCACUGCCGUUGCUCAAGCAGUUGCACGAAUCCACGGCUAUGAUCGAUCUGGGGAAGGCGUAACUGUAAGCCAUCAGAUAGUGGACUACUUUUUCGAUCGACAAUUCCUGCAAGACUGCUCCUGGACCGGUCGAACACGAAGCGCGGAAAAUGUGCGUAAAAUUGCGCUAGCACCCUACGAAAACAUAAAGAAUCUAUUCUAUCAAAGCGUUCACCUUGUUGACGAAUCAUUUACACUGAACGCGGCCGAGCGAUUCUUUCGAGAUGUUGCCAAACAUGCAAGAUCUCGUGCAGAGGUGAAAUUUUUGAGAAAGCCCGCCCUGAAACGACGGAAGAGCCGCAAGAAGCUCAGUGCACUAAACUGUUCGAGUGAAACUGUAAAGAAAAUUGUGGAAAAUCAAUUGCGUCAUCUGCAGGCUACGCUUUCGUGAGAGGGCAGAGGUGGAUGAUACGGGCACUUCGAUUAGAAUUGACUUUGUUUUGAAAUAUAAUUAACAAUGUAAUGUACUAGUACUAGUUUUUGCUGAUUACAAAGUGUAUGAGAACGGUUGGGACUUGAAAGAAAUAAAUCUUCUUUGUUUGUUGCAUGUCUCA